UCUCUUCCUUUCAUACCCUGGGAAGGAAGAGAAACACUAAAACUCAGAUCCCUCCUUUGGUUGCUCAUUUCUUGCAUCGAUGGCGGAGUCAAGGAGGUACAUUUCCCAAGCAGAGCUUGAAAACCACAAAAAACCGGGAGAUCUGUGGAUCUCUAUACAUGGCAAGAUCUAUGAUGUCACGGAAUGGAGUCACGACCACCCUGGAGGGGCACUUCCAUUGCUGAAUCUGGCUGGCCAAGAUGCCACUGAUGCGUUUGUAGCCUAUCAUCCAGGCUUAGCUUCGCAAUAUCUUGACAAGUUCUUUACCAGGUACUAUCUCAAAGAUUACUCUGUCUCGGAGGUAUCCAAAGAUUACAGAAAACUUGUUGCUGAGUUUUCCAAGAUGGAUCUUUUUGAAAAGAAAGGACACGGGACAUGCAUUUCACUUUGCUUCAUAGCAUUGUUGUUUUGUAUCAGUGUCUAUGGUGUUUUAUGCUGUAACAGUGCUUGGGUGCAUCUCUGUUCUGGUGGGUUAAUGGGGUUCUUGUGGAUACAGAGUGGAUGGAUUGGACAUGAUUCUGGGCAUUACCAGGUUAUGUCUAGCAGAAAAUUCAGUAGAUUUACUCAGGUCCUCGCUGGGAAUUGCCUUGCAGGGAUCAGUAUUGGUUGGUGGAAAUGGAACCACAAUGCUCAUCACAUUGCUUGUAACAGUCUAGAUUUCGAUCCAGAUCUUCAACACAUGCCAUUAUUUGCGGUAUCUUCAAAGUUUUUUCACUCGCUUGCAUCUUAUUUCUAUGAAAGGAAGAUGAAUUUUGAUUCUGUUGCUAGGUUCUUGGUAAGUUACCAGCAUUGGACAUUUUAUCCUGUAAUGUGUUUUGCUAGGAUUAAUCUAUUUGCACAAUCUUUCCAAUUGUUGUUAUCUAAGAGGAAGGUACCAAGUAGGGGUCAGGAGAUUUUGGGACUUCUUGUUUUCUGGACUUGGUAUCCGCUACUUGUUUCUUGCUUGCCUAAUUGGAGUGAGAGAGUGAUGUUUGUGGUUGCCAGUUUUUCUGUAACUGGAAUUCAACAUAUUCAGUUCUGUUUAAAUCAUUUUUCAUCGAGUGUCUAUGUUGGACCGCCUAGUGGAAACGAUUGGUUUGAGAAGCAAACUGAUGGAACACUUAAUAUAUUGUGCUCAUCUUGGAUGGACUGGUUUCAUGGUGGUUUGCAGUUCCAGAUUGAGCACCAUUUGUUUCCAAGGUUGCCCCGGUGUCAUCUCAGGAAAAUUUCUCCAUUUGUUAAGGAGCUAUGCAAGAAACACAAUUUACAAUACAAUAGUGCAUCAUUUUGGAGGGCAAAUGCAAUGACAAUUGGGACUCUUCGAUCAGCAGCCUUGCAGGCUAAGAAUCUCACCAACCCAGUUACUAAGAACUUGGUCUGGGAAGCAGUUAACGCUCAUGGGUGAUAUGGAAAAUUUGAAGCUCUCUAAGUUUCGUUGCUGGAGUUUUUUGCCAUGAAUCGAUUGAUAUCUGAGGGUGGUUAUAAUUGGUUUCAGUGGAAGAAUAAUCACCAUUGUCUUUGCUUGGAGGCUUCAAGUAUUUAUAGUUGAGCUGCAUGUUUGUGUAUCAGCUUAUGUUUUUAUGAUUAGGUCUUAAAAGUUGCGUACUGAUUCCUGUAGGCUGACGAAAAUUUCCUCCAUGCUCAAGAGUGCAGCCAGGGCAUUAUUUGGAUGUAAAAUAUUGCAUUUAAUUUAGUGGUUUCUCUUGAUGGUAUACUUUUAUGACGCUAUGGUCCUUUCUCUAUGGUUGUUUGAGAUUUUUUAUGGAUGUAGCAUUUGAUGGUUUUUAAGUCAAUUUGAAAUUUGAAGGUGUGCAGUCCUUUUCCAGGCUCUUCUCUGAUCGGAUUUCCUGAUAAAUUUCUCUUCAUAAUGCCGUUGAUUCUAGUUUCAAGUUUCAACAAGCAGAUUCCAGAUCCUUAUCUCCCAUCAGAUUAACGCUAAAAUGCCUUCUAAAUUUGUAGUGCAACAAAGAUAUUUUCCUCUCAAUGGCUGUGAAUUGUUGUAUGAUUCAACCUAAUUUCCCCUCUUGACAAGUUCUGAUUUGCAUUUUCCAUCAAUAAACAGACAAUUUGUUUUGGGAAAUUGGGCCUCGAAACGAGCAUCGCCAUUGCCAGCUUAAAAUGAGGACCUCUCCUCUUAGUUGCUAAUCUGGCUCCUGAUCAACAUGCAAUGAGCCAUAAUUUAGUUGCCACAUGGGAGCUCUGAAGCCUGGGGAGGAACCUAUAAAAAAGAGUAUUGCACGAGUGAUUAGUGGUUGAGAGAAGACCCAAACCCAACCCUCCACCCUUAAACAGGC